AAAAAACAAAUUAGAUACUUCGCAUAUAUAUAUUUGUUAUAACCUCAUAAAUGUUACAUAUUUUCAGAUAACACACACGUAAACUAUAAAAAUUUGGCUGCUUAGAUAACGUGUUUGAUGAUAUGAUUUGUUCCUCAAGAUGGCGAAAAGCUUCCAAGUGGUAAGAAUAUUGGUUUCGUUCCCUUGCACAAUAAAAUUUUUAAUUGAUUGUUCAAAGAACUAAAUAAAUCUUGUCUCACUUGCAGCAAACUCCUUAUCCAGACUCUGUUGUGUUCUAUCGACGCACAUCAAAGGCGAAAAGAGUGCAUGGUUAGACACGCACAGUCUGAUAUUAAUCAGCUACUUCUCAGCAAUCGCGUUCAAGAAACAAUCUCUAAGAGGAAGCAUAUCUGUGAAGACAAGACAAGGUUAGCGGCCUACUCUCAGGUCCAAUACUUCUGCUCAUUCAUCUUGCAGAAUUUUUCUGAUUUGAAACAUCAAAGCGAUGUUCAUCUCUUACCGGAAGAAAGUAAAGAAGCAAUCGCCGGACUUUUAUUUGCCGCAUCAAGAAUCAGGGAGCUGAGGGAGCUUAAAUUCAUAAGGAGCUUGUUCUUGGAGAGAUUUGGGCUUCAGUUUGACAGAGACAGUGUAGACUUGCGUCCAGGGAACCUCGUUAGUUCGGAGAUGAUAAAGAUUUUCGUCAAGAAGAUGCCGCAAGAUGCAAUGAGUCCAGAGACUAUAGUGGAAACCAACAUCGCUGCUUAUGUUGAAUCAGUAACUGAAGAUUCAGUAUCAACUGAUAAUCUUGGCUUCAGAGAUUCUGAUGCGGUGAAGAUAAGAGAUAUUCAAAACAUGGAUUGGGAGAAAGAAUAUGAAGGAGAGUUCAAAGUUUCUGUAUGUAAAUCUUGUAGAGUCUCAAGGAAGAGAUCGAUCAUUGUUCAUGAGAUAAGAGUUUGAUUGUUGUUUAGAGGGUUUUCAUUCAUACCUCGAGAUAUGACCCUUCGACAGUUGAUGUAUAGGUUAUUGCGUGUCAUUGUAAAUAAUUAAAUUUACAGAUUAACACAUACUCAAUUACGAAGCUGGUCUCUGAAUCCAUGUGAACUACAUGGGACGGCUAUUUCCGAGUACUGUGUGCAUGACUAUCUGCCUUUUUUAUUCUAAAGAGUUCAUAUAUAUAUAUAUAUAUUGUAAAUGGCGAUGUUUCUCCCCAGCAAAGAGUUUCCGUUCAUUCAAGUUGCUAACAGAAGUUCUAAUACAUAUGCUUUCAACCUUGUAUUCGAGCCUACAAAAUCACAUACCGUUUGUGCAUUGUUCUUGGGUUUCUUAAGUAGUUGACUGCCUUCCCCUUCUAUAUAUAAAUAUAACGAGCAUUUUCUCUGCAUAUCCGGUGGACCAGCAAUUGACUUGAAUAUAAUCAAACGAGCUUCAAAAAGUAGUCAUCACUAAUAUCUAAUUUCUUAUGAAAUUUUAUUUAGUAAUGAAGCCAUCAAUUUCAAUAACUCCAUGUAAACUUGAAUGCCUAAACUGUAGUGUCCAAGUAGAGGAUUGGUCGAUAUAUAUUCCCCAUAUAUAAUAUGUACAUUAAGCAUCAAGAUUUCAAACGUGACGAGAAAGGUC